AUGUCUGUUUACGACUCUUCCCUUCUCAGCCAGUUCUUGCCACAGUACUACAAACGAAUUUUUCCGUUCAAACCGUACGUGAAGUGGCUUUCCUACAAUCAAAAGCCUGGUGAUUACUUUGCGAGGCGAGAAUUUGCAUUCAUUCUUGAAGAAGACGUGCAUCUUCGAUAUCGAUGCUUUAGCGAUCAAGCUGAGUUUGAACAUGAGUUGUGCAAGAUUAGUCCACAUAAGUUGGAUAUUGGAGCUGUGUACUCUCAUAAGCCAAAAGAGAAUAAGAAGCAUACGGAUUUCAAAGCCCUAGAACGUGAACUUGUUUUUGAUAUCGAUUUAACGGACUACGACAACGUACGAAAGUGUUGCAAUGAAGCAAAGGUAUGCGCGAAGUGCUGGCGGUUCAUAUCGCUCGCAGUUCAGGUACUCGAUAAACUGCUGGAAGAUCAUUUCGGAUUCAAGGCCCGCAUGUGGGUGUUCUCAGGACGACGUGGUGUGCACUGUUGGGUAGCCGAUGAAAAGGCAAGGAAGCUAACGAAUGCUGGACGCUCUGCUGUCGCUGAGUACCUAUCGCUCAUUGUGGGAGAUAAACUUGACCUCUACGGUAACCGAACGAGUAUGGCUAAGAAGUCGUUACCUGUCCACCCAAUGGUAGAAACUGCUUAUAGAGUGGCGAUGGAUUGCGGUGAAAUGGAUGAAAUGGUUCUUGAGCAAGGCUGGUUGGAGCUAGACUCUGCACUCGCAGUUCUGAAGUACUGCGAAGAUCCCGAGUUACAGGCCACCCUCCGAUCACAGUUUGAAGAAGUGGAUAGCGCCGAAAUGCGGUGGCAGCUUCUGAAACGACGUUUUGAUGACAACUAUCGUAAAGAAAUGAAAAGAACCAAUCAGCUGAUUCCAGAAGCCGUCACCGGUCCUAGCAAGAACUUCUUACGGUGGUUUGUACUUUGGCACGCAUAUCCUCGGCUGGAUGUCAAUGUGUCUACAGGGUUGAAUCAUUUGCUGAAAUCGCCAUUCUGUAUUCACCCUAAGACGGGAAACGUUGCUGUACCCUUGGAUGUGAGCAAGAUUCACGAGUUCGACGUAACAACAUGCCCUCGUGUUGAGUGA